CACCAUCAAGCACGGCCAUGGCCGCCUCGCUCACCGGCGCGGGCGGGGUCAGGACCAUGCCGAUGUUCGAGGGUGACGUGUUCUUGGGCUACGUCGAUGUGUUGCUUCCACCAUCAUCUGGCGGCAGGGAACCUGUGUUCCGAAAGAACGAGAUCCGGAUCAGCCGCCGGUCGCCGGCGAGCGACAGGUGCCCACCGCUGGCCGUUCUGCAGGUGAUCAGCGCCUACUCCAUGCGCUGCAAGAUCCAGGAAAGCACGACGUUGGAUAUUCAUCCCAGAUCCCCCCUCCUUAACAGCCUGCACUCCACCUGCUGGAACCAACGCAUGACCGCUGUAGUGGAUGCCGGACUGGAGGAACUUCACCUUGUGGCUAUGCAAAGCAAGGUUGAAAAGGGUGUGCCUUGUUUCUGGUGUUGGUCCGCACAAGAAGGGCUUUACGAGACAUGCCUUGGGAUGCUCAACCAGCGAUGCAUAGCCAUUGUGUUUGAUCUCGACGAGACCAUCAUAUUUGCCAGCAACGAGAAAAAAUUAGAAACUCACAUGGAAGAGAUCAAAUCAGACCUGAAGAAUUCUGAACUUGAUGCGGUUACACAAUUGGUACUUCAGAAUCAACUCUGUAGGGUCUCUAAGGAUAAUACAUUUCUGAAGGAUUUUGUACAUAAAGGUGCUAUCACUGUCGAUCAUGAGAUUGUGAGGAACCAACAUGAGAAGGGCAUGUUGUAUAAACCUGGCGGACUACAACUUGUUCGACCUGUAAUCAGGGUCCCGAAAAGGAAUGCGGUUCUGACUCGCCUUAACCCAAUGGAUCCUAGAAGUAGUUAUUUUGUAAACAUACGGCCUGGCUGGGAUAAUUUGAAGACUUAUCUGAGUAAAACCAGUAGAUGGAGAAAAUAUAAGGUAUAUGUAUGUACAAAAGCUGGAAGACAAUAUGCUCUCGAGGCAUGGAGACUGCUUGAUCUAGAAGGCAGCUUGAUCAGCUCAGAAGAGAUUUCACAGCGUUUAGUAUGUGUGAGGCCAGGUUCCAAAAAGUCGCUUAAGCGUGUGUUUCAAAAGAGUUCAUGCCAUCCAAAUAUGGCGAUGGUGAUUGAUGACCGGAUGAAUGUUUGGGAUGACAAAGAUAAACGACGAGUUCAUAAUUUGCCUCCUUACACUCCAUCAGUUUGCCCUGAGGACAAGGUGGUCAAUGGUUGCUAUGUGCUUCAGAUUCUAAGAGAUUAUAUAUCGGAAGUACAUAAAGGAUUCUUCAGCGAGUUUGAUGGGAUGCUUCUGAAAAAAGUAGAUGAACUAAUGUAUGAAAAUGAUGGACUGGAUCUUGUAUACACUCCAGAUGUUGGUGACUACGUAGAACUGACGAAUAACAAGAUUGUAGAACACAGUGAUUCCCCUAUAUCACCCAAAAAUACAAAGAGUGCUAAAGGGGAGGUGGGAGCAGGAAUUAAUGGAGAGGUUGACACCAUGGACCUCCAUGAAGUUUCCAUCUUGGUCGCAGCCAAGAAGAUCAAGAUCGCUGACACCAUCGACAUUAGCUCAUCCUCCGAAGGUGAUGGUGCUGCAGCAAAGGAUCAUGUUGUUAAGCUUGGGGAAGAAGGUGAUGGUGCUGCAGCUAGUGAUCUUCAUGCUAGUGCUGGUGCACCGGUUCAUCUAGAUGAUGCUGCUGCUGCUAGACUUUCUGCCAAGCUGACUCGCCGAGGUCCCAGGAUAAAGGGAGGUCAGACAUUUGACAAGUAUUGCGUGUUUCCCAACCUAGUGGAAAUGUACCCUGAACAACUUGAAGCCCUGAAACAUCAAGUUCGUGAAACGCGCCCCGCAAUUCCUUUCUAUGUGUGCACUAUAAAGGGUGCAAGUACUCUGAGAGGCAAAUCCAAAAUGUACUUCACAAGGAAGUUUACCCAGAAAUACAUCUUGAAGAAUAUGAACCUUCCAGCUGAUGAUGUGGAAGUCUCUUUCAAGAAUGGAUCUUCUGUGCAAGUGAGGAUGAUCAUGGGCAAAGGGAAGAAUAAAGGCGCCAUGAUCACAACUAAUCUGGAGAGUUGUGGUGCAGGACACCAACAUGAAGGACAAUGA